CCAGGUGAGCGCGGGCUUGGCGAGCCCCGCACUCGGCGCGGCUGGCCGGCGCCUGCUGGGCUUGAUCGGAGGCUGAAUCCCGUGCGUGGACCGCCGUUCCCUCUUCGCGGGAUCGUUGGCCACGAUAGCAGAUGCAUUUUUGUAGAAGCAUUUUGAGGAUGUAUGUUUGCAAAUCAUUUUGAAAUUGCCAAGUGCAACAUACAUGGAAUGUAUGCUGCUUUUAUCUUGGAGUUCACCUGUGUGGCUUGGAUUUAUCACAGUAGCAUUUGUCUUCAAUCUGUGUGUUAACUAGAAAUCAAGGAAAGACAUGAGGAGAUUUGUUUACUGCAAGGUGGUUCUAGCCACUUCAUUGAUGUGGGUUCUUGUUGAUGUCUUCUUACUGCUGUACUUCAGUGAAUGUAACAAAUGUGAUGAUAAGAAGGAGAGAUCUCUGCUGCCUGCAUUGAGGGCCUGGUGCAGAACCAUUGCUGGGGAUCUAGUAUGGGCAUUUGGAGCUGUUAUUUCAAGAAACCAAGAAGGGCCAGGAGAAAUGGGAAAAGCUGUGUUAAUUCCUAAAGAUGACCAAGAGAAAAUGAAAGAGCUGUUUAAAAUCAAUCAGUUUAACCUGAUGGCCAGUGAUUUGAUUGCCCUUAAUAGAAGUCUGCCAGAUGUAAGAUUAGAAGGAUGUAAGACAAAAGUCUACCCUGAUGAACUUCCAAACACAAGUGUAGUCAUUGUGUUUCAUAAUGAAGCUUGGAGCACUCUCCUUAGAACUGUUUACAGUGUGAUAAAUCGUUCCCCACACUAUCUACUCUCUGAGGUCAUCUUGGUAGAUGAUGCCAGUGAAAGAGAUUUUCUCAAGUUGACAUUAGAGAAUUACGUGAAAAAUUUAGAAGUGCCAGUAAAAAUUAUUAGGAUGGAAGAACGCUCUGGGUUAAUACGUGCCCGUCUUCGAGGAGCAGCCGCUUCAAAAGGGCAGGUCAUAACUUUUCUUGAUGCACACUGUGAAUGCACGUUAGGAUGGCUGGAGCCUUUGCUGGCAAGAAUAAAGGAAGACAGGAAAACGGUUGUCUGCCCUAUCAUUGAUGUGAUUAGUGAUGAUACUUUUGAAUAUAUGGCUGGGUCAGACAUGACUUAUGGGGGUUUUAACUGGAAACUGAAUUUCCGCUGGUAUCCUGUUCCCCAAAGAGAAAUGGACAGGAGGAAAGGAGACAGAACAUUACCUGUCAGGACCCCUACUAUGGCUGGUGGCCUAUUUUCUAUUGACAGAAACUACUUUGAAGAGAUAGGAACUUACGAUGCAGGAAUGGAUAUCUGGGGUGGAGAGAAUCUUGAAAUGUCUUUUAGGAUUUGGCAAUGUGGAGGCUCCUUGGAGAUUGUUACUUGCUCCCAUGUUGGUCAUGUUUUUCGGAAGGCGACUCCAUACACUUUUCCUGGUGGCACUGGUCAUGUCAUCAACAAGAACAACAGGAGACUGGCAGAAGUUUGGAUGGAUGAAUUUAAAGAUUUCUUCUACAUCAUAUCCCCAGGUGUUGUCAAAGUGGAUUAUGGAGAUGUGUCAGUCAGAAAAACACUAAGAGAAAAUCUGAAGUGUAAGCCCUUUUCUUGGUACCUAGAAAACAUCUAUCCGGACUCCCAGAUCCCAAGACGUUAUUACUCACUUGGUGAGAUAAGAAAUGUUGAAACCAAUCAGUGUUUAGACAACAUGGGCCGCAAGGAAAAUGAAAAAGUGGGUAUAUUCAACUGUCAUGGUAUGGGAGGAAAUCAGGUAUUUUCUUACACUGCUGACAAAGAAAUUCGAACCGAUGACUUGUGCUUGGAUGUUUCUAGACUCAAUGGACCUGUAAUCAUGUUAAAAUGCCACCAUAUGAGAGGAAAUCAGUUAUGGGAAUAUGAUGCUGAGACCCACACUCUUCUUCAUAUAAUCACCCAGUCUUGUCUCUCAGUGAACAAAGUAGCUGAUGGCUCCCAGCAUCCUACAGUGGAAACCUGUAAUGAUAGCACUUUGCAAAAAUGGCUACUAAGAAACUAUACAAGAAUGGAAAUUUUUAGAAAUAUUUUUGGGAAUUCUACUGAUUACAUUCUCUAAUGAUUUUUGGAGAGACUCACGUUGCGACAUGUUAACAGUAACCAAUGUCUCGAUGAACCUUCUGAAGAAGACAAAAUGGUGCCUACAAUGCAGGACUGUAGUGGAAGCAGAUCCCAACAGUGGCUGCUAAGGAACAUGACCUUGGGCACAUGAAGACCAUGUCCUCCAAGCCAUGAAAGUGUCUACGCUUUUGUUUUUCCAUUAUUUCAAUUGGGGGAAAAUAUUGACUUUGCUGAAUUGAAAGUUUUAAAAAUCCUUUUAGUAUUCUAAAACACAAUUGUUUCUAAAUCGUUUCUAGAAAUGUUUGCUUAUUUCCCUACUAAAAUUUGUAUCUGAUAAAAGCACAUAAAAAUAUAAAUAAUAGCAAAUUAUUAUUAAACAACAGAACAACUUGUAAAACAAACAGUUUGCUUUAAGAAAAAUCUUUAUUGCACUCAUGUCAUAGGGUUAAUUGGAGGUUAUUUUAUUUUUGGUUGUCAUGGUGAUUGAAAGAGAUAAUGUAAAUGCCUUAUAAAAUCAUCUUCAUUAUGAAAUAUUAUCAGUUGCUUUAUAAACUCACCCAUUUUACCGAUCCUUCAUGGAAACAUGUUUGAAUUCUAUGUCUACAACAGGGCCACAUAUUAAAUUAUUUCUGAAUGGUGAAUUCAUCCUACAAAAUAUUCCAAGUUUUGGACAAAGAAAAACAUUACAUUGGAUAUUGAAUUCAUAGAGCCUUUACAGAAGCAUCACAUUUAAACCAAUGUGAAUCCAAAAAAGAGAAGGAAAAUUUUUAAAUUCAAUUUAAAGGACAUAAAAAAAAGAAAUCCGUGAAGCAUUGAGGGGAACAAGACGAGUCUAAUCCGCAGUGCUUCAAUCAUUGUGAGAGAACUCAAAGUGGGUUGCAAUUAUUCCUAACACAGGCUGAAGCUAAACAAUCUUGGUUCCAGAGUUUAUGUUGGAAACUCAAUUCUUAACCAAAAUCUUGGUCUCCACAAACUCUACCAUCCCUUUUCUCUUCACUCUAUAGACAGUGGCAUGCCACUGAUGCUGUACAGAAUUGUAGGUGAAAGGGAGAAUUUUAGACUUAAUUUUUAACUCUAUUGCACUUAAAGAUUUUAGUUAGGUCACCACUGUCAUUUUCAUUUUCUAUGUUAAAGAAUACCUUUCAGUGCUAUGCUCCAAUAUCUAAAAAUUUUAUCACCAGGGGAAUAAACUCAACACACAUUCAUUAAGCUUUUAUUGUAAUUAAACUGCUAUAUAUUGUUUGCCAUAUAUUAUGGCCCGAGGAACAUAGUUAUAAUUAGGCUAGAUUCACAUUUUCUUUUCUCAUCUUAAAACCCUUUAUGCUCAAAAUACAUUAACAGAGGCCAUGAAAAGGAAAAAAAAAAAUCAGAAUUUUGCUAAUAAGUUUUUGUAUUUGACAGCAUUUAAAAUGCUCAUAGAGUUACCCUAUAUAUGUAUGUUAUUCAUUAUAAAUGCACUCAGCAGCUAAGAGAAAUUCGAGAGGAAAAAUGGAAGAAGUGUUUUCUGGAGCAGAAGAUUCCACCUCUGUGGUCCUCAUCUUUACUUAAAAAGCUCUUAUAGAAAGGAUUAAUCAUUCUGACUGCAUACAAACUCUCUCUGUCUCUGAUUUGCACAUACACUGCUUUAUAAUGAAAAUGAGGGCACUUUCUGAUUGUCAGUAAAAUCUUAAAUGAUUUUUGCAACUGGUAUUCCUUCCUCUUUUGACUUUUUAUUGGUACAACUGUAGGGAAGAAUCUGCAACCUGGAGCAUUUCAGGUUUGCUCUUUAAAUAUAGACACCCCUCACCAUGAGCUCUCCGGGAAUCCGUGACUUUCCUAAAAUUGUAAGCAAAAUGUUGAGUAUCCGGGCAUGUUUUUCUGAGGUGGGAGUAUGUCGCUUACAGCAAACUUGGAAAGAAGGCUAUGACUCACAAGAGGCAGUGAACCAUUGCCUUAAAUUAUUAGCAGCCUCUCAAGUCCAUUGAGGCCUCAUGUAAAAUUCCCAUCUUUCAUUUUUACACUCCUCUUCUCCCCUCAUUUCCUUUUCUCCUGACUAAGGUAAAAAGACCCUGCACAGCAUUAUUACUUAAGUUGAAAAAGCUUCAACUCUCAAGGACUCAUGUAUACCAUAUGUUCCACUUAUUGAUUUGUCAGUCAAAAUGCAUGUUACAUAGAAAAUGGUCAAUGGCAAAUUUUUAUAAAUACAGCUACCCCAUCAAAGCUGAACUUGAAACAUUUUAGCAGCAUUUUAAAUAUGUGAAAGUUCAUUAUGGUCAUGGUGAGAAACUAAAACUACAUGAGUUUCAUGCUAGAAAAGAAUUUUUCAAGAAUCUUCAGAUGGCUUGAACGCAUGCCAUUACAGUAUCUAACAAAAAGUGGCAUAAAAUAUAAAACACCCAACACUAGAAAGCAAUGACUAACAUAUAAUUUGUUUUCAAAAAUGUUUAUUGUCUUCAGUACAAAAAGUUAAAACCAUGAUUGGAUUCAUAAUGCACUUGUCUUAUAGAUCCCUUAUUUAUGGAGCUAGACUGACAUAUUUCAAACCAAUCUCUUCUGUGGUCUUCUCCAUCUCAGUUAAUGCAACUUCAACCUUCCAGAUGCUCAGGUCAAAAACUGAAAGUUGCUUUUGACUCCUCUAUUUCUGUUUCAACUUUCAUCUAAUCCAACAGCAAAUUCCCUUGAUGCUACCUUUGAAAUGUAACUAGAAAAGAAGUACUUGCCGCCACAUCCACUAGGUGUCACUACCUCUAACCUUUUUAAUCACAAUAUGCUUAUUAUUUAGUUCCCUAAUUUCCUAGUCCUUGUCUUGAACAAUCUUUUCUCAAUACACCAGCCAUAGUGAUUCUGUUAACCAUGAAUUUGAUUGUGUCACUUCCCUGCUCACAAUCUUCCAAUGACUUCUCCCUCCAGUGGCCUUCAAGGUCCUUCAUGAGUGUUACCCCUCUACACAUCCACACCACUCACCACACAUACAUACACAUGCACACACACACAGAUACAAUUCCACCUUUUUCUAACGCCAUCUCUUAUCUCUUAUUAUUCUGCCUCUUACUUACCCCACUAUGGCUCCCAAGAAAGUUCCCGCUUUAGUGUUUUGUUCCCUCUGCCCCAGAGAGCACCCCUUAGUGGUCUCAGUUCAAAUAUUAUCUUAUCAGUAAGACAAACCCUUCUCCCAUCUGCCCUCCCUAUCCCCUGUACCUGACAAUCUAAAAGUUUGCUUCUUUAUUUCUGUCUGCACUUCCCCCUCCCCAGCCCCAAACAUGCCCAUCACAUGCCCUAGAAGGUAAGUCCCAUGAAGGCAGGGGCUUUGUCAGUUUUGUUCAUUUGGUAUUUCUGGCAUAUAUAUUCUUUAAAUAUUUCUUGAAUUAAUGAACUGAAAAAUGUGUGUUAAAGUUGCUAAGUGUUACUGUAUCAUACUUUUUUUGUAUUUUAAAAUUUAAAAUAAAGGCUAAUAUAUUUAGACAGGAUUUCCAAUAACUUUGUCUUCAAGUUAUAAUUUUCUUCGUAAUAUUCUUCACAUUAAACUGUGGACUAUAUAUUAUUUUCUGGAUAAAAUAUCCUGCCUUAUGGAAAUGAAAUAUGAUAUUUUAUUAAAAUGCUGCUAUAUUACAUAAGUUGCUUCAUUAAGCUAAAAAUAGUUUUAAUUUUUAUUUUUUGUGUCCAAUCGCCACCUGAAGGUAUACGAUUUUGACUUUUAAAGAGAUAUCAUUGUCUUAAAAAGUAUGUAUUUUCUUGAUUUCAUAAGAAUUAUUACUAAAUUUAUCUUCUAAGUGCAGUCAAUGGAAUAAACACAAUUAGAGAUUUUUAAAGGACUUUACAGAUGACGUUGUCUUAGUUUCUCUGUUUAUAGAUAAUAAGACUGAAACCCAGAUACGUAAUAUAACUUUUCUAAAGAUCAUAUAUCUAUAAGUUGUGUUGCUUGGACCCCUUAUUGUUAAUGUAAACUAAUACUGUCACUCAAAAAAUUACAGAAAUGGAACAAUAAUGAGAAAAAUAUCUUCAUUAGACAUGUUAUGGGGCCAGGCACGGUGGCUUACACCUGUAAUCCCAGCACUUUGGGAGGCUGAGGUGGGCGGAUCACUUGAGUUCAGAAGUUGGAGACCAGCCUGGCCAACAUGACGAAACUCUGUCUCUACUAAAAAUACAAAAAUUAGCUGGAUGUGGUGGCACACGCCUGUAAUCCCAACUACUCGGGAGGCUGAUGUGGAGAAUUGCUUGAACCUGGGAGGCAGAGGCUGCAGUGAGCCAGGAUCACACCACUGCACUUCAGCCUCAAGACUCUGUCUCAAAAAAAAAAAAAAAAAGUUUCUAACUAGUACAUUGAUUCUUUAGAAAUAUUUAAAUUCUUACUACUUAUUUAAAUAAAAUUAGUUCUUUAAAAUAAUACAAGCACUAAGACCUACAGCAGAAAUAAACUACUAAGAAACAGCAUGAUUACAGGAACAUCCAAUCAUUAUUUGGCAAACUGGGUUUCAGGGAAGCAAAGCGUCUUCAGUAGUAACUAAUGGAACAUACUCACUUUCAUUUUUCCUUCUAAUUAUCUUCAAGUUAAAAGUAAGGUUUGGCCCACAGCUUGCACAGAGAAUUAGACCAUCUAUUACUGUGAAGACUGGGGAGGUUCUAUGACAUGGAGCUUCAAAGACUGCAGCGAAAUCAGCAGAGAUUUCUAGGCUUCCCAGUGGAGCUCUGUAAACUCUAGUAAACACAAUCUAUAAAUUUGAUUUUGCCACGGUGCUUAGAAACAGUCUAAUAAAUAAAAGGGAAAAAAGUGUACAGAGAGAGAAAAAAUAACUACACUAAAACAGAACUGUUUUUACCUUUUAAAAAAUUUGGUGGGAGGUUAGGAACAUAUUCUGAAUUGGUUCAGUAAACCUCAAAAUACUGUCUCCCCCACACAUGGUUUUACCACUUAAGAAAUGAUGAUUGUAUCUGCUCACAACCAUUUUACUUGCAUCUCACUUACAGAUGCUAAAUCUAGUCUCAGAGGAGGCAAAACAUGUAUGCAUUCUUAAGUUAUAAAGUGUACUGAUUUCACAAAUUGAAGAAUUUUAGAAAUUCAGAUUUGUCAUGGAUGUGUCACCAUCCAUAGCUGUCAUCCUGCAUAGCUGAUAUCUGCUGCAAAUCUUGAAUAAAUUUCCAAUUCAGUUGGGCAGCAAAAAUUCAAUUAGAUCUUAAGGCAGUUUGUGUUUCAGGAUUCCACCUCUGCCCAUUUUCCCCAAUAUGUCAAAAUAUGGAAUAGGUGAAAUCAGCCCCUCUUAUGUACAGCACAUGGACACAUCUGUUGUGACUACACCAUGUUCGAACUGCUACUAAGUAUCAGCUGUGUAUGAAUUUACAGUGUUGAAUGAGCACCAGCAAUGUGUUUUAAAUAAUUUGUGUAUAUUUGUAGCCCAGUUUCUUUGAUAUUGGUCAAUAAAUUCUAAAGACACUUUUCA